AUGGCUGACGAAGGGGCGGGGUCCUGGAACAGUGGAGGGGGCCGCCAGUGGGGCUCUGGAGACUAUACGGGCCAACAGGAAGGAGAUUUUGUAAGAGAUCGUCACAGGAGGGACGAGUGGUCAGACAUCUCCGAUGAUGAAGGCCCAGUGGUGUAUGCAGAUAUCUCGCGCGCGGGGGAGUACAAUUACCACGUCGUUCAGCCACAGGUUCAACCUGUUGCUGGCUCUGGUAAUGAGAGAGCGUCCAGAACGGAUGAAACGCCAGCAGGCUUCUCAGGCUUCCCAUGGCAACAGAGUGUCGGUUGGAGGCAUCACCAAAACGUUUUCCCGCCUUAUCCAUCAGUUCCUUCAGGAAGCAUGGAGUACCUGCCUCCUUCCUAUCCACCUGGAUCCGGGUUACGAAACAUGGAUUAUCUUCCUCAGUCAUACAUGAACCUGCCUCUGGCGUAUCCACCUGACUCCCGGCUCAGAAGCAUGGACUACCUGCCUCAGUCAUAUCCACCUUCUCUCUACCACGUGGCUCAGAGGCCUGAUAUGUCUUAUCUGCAUCAUGGAGGACCAAUGGGAGAGGGAAAGAAACGGACAAAUACCAGUGUGGCUGUUACUGCGCGAAAUAUGGCAAUGGACAGAAGGAAAGAUCUGUCGAAGAGUGUUGGUUACCAAGGCUCACAUCUUGAGGGAGCGCCUACAUCAUAUCCACCUGCACUCUACCAGGUGGCACAGAAGACUGAAACUUCCUUUUUACAUCAUGGAGUAAUCCGAGAGGGAGAGAAAAUGAAAAGUAACAGCGUCCCUCGGGCUGAACGAGGCAUACCGGUUGAAAAAAAGGAAGACGUGUCUAAGAAUGCCUUUUUCCAAGGGACAUAUCAUGAGAGGAUGCCCACAUCAUAUCCUCCUGCACUCUAUCCGGUGGCACAGAAGACUGAUACUCCCUUUUUACAUGGUGGAUUAAUCAGAGAGAGAGAGAAACUGAAAAGCAACAAUGUUCCAAAGCAAGACAUCUCACAACGAAAGGAAGACCUGUCAAAGAAUGUUGGUUACCAAGGCUCACAUCUAGAGAGGACGCCUACAUCAUACACUCCUGAGCUCUAUCAGGUGGCAAAGAAGACUGAUACUCACUUUUUACAUCAAGGUGUAAUCCGAGAGGGAGAUAAACGGAAAUGUAACAGUGUGCCUAUUGCAGAGCAAAGCAUCCCGGGUGAAAAAAAGUUGAAAGACUUGUGCUCUAACAAUGCUAUUUACCAAGGGUCACAUCUUGAGGUACGUGCUAAACUCUUCUGGUGA